CCCCCAAUCUGACCUAUAACCCUGUGUUGCUUUGCAUUGAAGCUUCUCUCCCAAGACAUGAAGAAUCUCAUCCUGGAACUGGAGACCACGCAGCCCCUGUGCACACAAGGAUCGCUUGGCUCCCCUGGGCCUCCUGGCCCCCAGGGUCCUCCAGGGCUUCCUGGCAAGACAGGAGCAAAGGGAGAAAAGGGGGAGCUUGGCCGACCAGGAAGGAAGGGUAGACCUGGCCCCCCAGGUGUUCCUGGCAUGCCUGGGCCCAUCGGCUGGCCUGGCCCUGAAGGACCCAGGGGUGAAAAAGGUGACUUCGGUCUGAUGGGCUUGCCAGGAUCAAGAGGACCAAUGGGCUCCAAGGGCUAUCCUGGAUCCAGAGGGGAAAAGGGAUCCAGAGGUGAAAGGGGUGACUUGGGUCCCAAAGGAGAAAAGGGAUUCCCAGGAUUUCCUGGAAUGUUGGGCCAGAAAGGUGAAAUGGGUCCAAAGGGUGAGCCUGGAAUAGCAGGGCACCGAGGACCCACAGGAAGACCAGGAAAACGAGGCAAGCAGGGGCAGAAGGGAGAUAGUGGAGUUAUGGGCCCACCAGGCAAGCCUGGGCCUUCUGGUCAACCUGGCCGACCGGGUCCCCCAGGCCCCCCAGGCUCCCCAUCUGCAGGACAAUUUGUAAUGGGACCCAAAGGGGAAAGAGGAUUUCCCGGGCCUCCAGGAAGAUGUCUUUGUGGAACGCCCAUGAAUGUGAAUAACCCUUCUUACGGGGAAUCCGUGUAUGGGCCCAGCUCCCCGCGAGUUCCUGCGAUUUUUGUGGUCAACAACCAGGAGGAGCUUGAGAGGCUGAACACCCAAAACGCCAUUGCCUUCCGCAGAGACCAGAGAUCUCUGUACUUCAAGGACAGCCUUGGCUGGCUCCCCAUCCAGCUGACCCCUUUCUAUCCUGUGGACUACACUGUAGACUACCGCGGCUCCUGUGGGGAUGGGGUCCUACAGCCCGGGGAGGAGUGUGACGACGGGAACAACGAUGUGGGUGACGAUUGCAUAGGCUGUCACCGAGCAUACUGUGGAGAUGGUCACCGGCACAAGGGCGUGGAGGACUGUGACGGCUCUGACUUUGGCCACCUGACAUGCGAGACCUAUCUCCCUGGGUCUUAUGGGGACCUGCAGUGCACCCCGUACUGCUACAUCGACUCCACGCCCUGCCGCUACUUCACCUGAGGGCGCCAGGAGGAGGCGGGCUGCCUCUCACAUGCCUGCAGCAGCUUCUCCACCCUCGUGAAACUGACCUCGCACCAUCCUGGUCCGGUUUCCAUCGCCUUCCUGCAACCAAGACAAGGACAAACUCGUGCUGCUAAGAUGUGCUUUUAACUCAGUCCAACUGGAAGAACUUAGGACCAGUGCAUCCUGUCUUAAUCCAAAAUACCGGAAAACCUCCCACAUGCCCAGCCUGGGGACUGUGACCCAUCGCUCAGAUCGGGCCAGUAGCUGAACUACAGUGCCUGUUCUAUUCCCGCGUGUUGCCCUUCCAGGCCGUGGACUGGCUUAGCACUGUUACACACACAUGGACCUGCAGACUAUUUGUUCUCAUCCUGUUUGGGGCGUCUGGGGUACAGGCCUCUCCAUCCCUCUGACCUCCAGAAAUGUGGGCAUUUUCACCAGGACAACCAGCUUCCGAGUCUCUCCAGGCCUGUGAACCGCACAGCAGGAAGUGGGUCCAUUCUCUCAUAGUGGCUCACAGCUCUGGACCUCCUGAGGGUCCCCUCAACUGGCCACAGCCCAGUAUAGCCCCAUGUGGACGUCCCCCAACAAGAGACUCAACUGUGAAGAAGUACUGAGAAAGCCACCAACCCCUUACUCUGCCUCAAGUAUUGGGUGGAGGCUCAGCUGUGGUGCCUGCCACGUAGACAAUAGCAGAUGAGUGGCCUUCCGCUUCUUGACCAUUUCCCAAAGGGACAGCUCUCAUGGUUUCACCAUCCCAGGCACCAUCUUGACCUUGUGGCUCUCUGCACUUAGGCCUCUGUCUCUCAAAUGCCUCUCUCGUCCAUUUCUAAUUCAGGAAAGUCUCUGGCAAAGUGACCUGAGUCCACAACUGGGCAGGCUGUCCGUGUUUCUUCAGCCCUGAGGAGAGCCCCGCCCUGGAUGUCCCGUCUGGGACCCCACCACUUUUAGGCAGAGACGGUUCCUGUCCCGAGCUCCAGCUCCUGGCUGCCUGCUGACCCCUGAACGCCCUGUGGCCUCCCCGUGUCUCCAUAGUGCGCAGCUUGGUCCUCCCGUCUGUAUGCCGAGUCUCCCACGUGUCUACAGGGUCGUUGUCCUGCAUGUCUGUGAGCUGCCUUUCAUCACCAUCUUUCCUGAGUGGGCCUUGGCAUUGUUUUAGAAAGACGUCUUCCCCACAGCAGACCUUGAGUGGGGUUUGCCCAUUUGUUAUCAGACGAAGGGACACUCCUGGACUUUCGUACAAAGCUAUUUAAUUUGGCUAAGUCCUGGGGACUCAACAGAUAGGAGCCUCUGGCCCAGCUGGCCAUCAUGCUGGUGGUCUAUAGUGGACGGGGUCAACCCGAAGGUGGUGUCUUCAGAGAUGGGCACAUUGGCCAGCUUGGUUUCCUCAGCCUCUACUGCAAGCCCUGGGGUGAUCUGCUCUCAUGUAAAGUCACCACCUUCAUGCUGGGAUCUCUGGGUAGGAAAUCAAGAAAUAAAGACAGCUCUUUUCCCCAACUGUGGCUUUCUCUUC